AUGGGGUUUCGGCUUACGGUUGGGAGACGUGUGCUGCUGAUCUCGGGGGGCAUUGACGAGGUGGGCAGUGUGAGGUGGGAGCUGCUCCUGUGCCUCAUCACUAUGUGGGUCAUCUGCUACUUCUGCAUCUGGAAGGGAGUGAAGUCUACAGGCAAGAGAAUAAGGUCAGAGAGUAUGGAACGGUCAGCAGAAGGGAUGAAGAAGGAGAGGGAGACCGCAAAAAGGCCAUUGGAGGAGAGGGGGCAGUGGGGGAGUAAGGUGGAGUUCCUCCUGGCAGUGGCAGGGAACAUUGUGGGGCUGGGAAAUGUGUGGAGGUUCCCAUACCUCUGCUACAAGAAUGGCGGCGGAGCGUUCCUUGUGCCAUAUCUGGUUUUUGCGGUGACCUGUGGGAUACCCCUGUUCCUGCUGGAGACUGCCAUGGGGCAGUACACCCAGGAGGGGGCCAUCACCUGCUGGAGGAAACUGUGCCCAUUGGCUGAGGGGGUUGGCUAUGGAGGUCAGCUGAUCAAGCUUUACAGCUGCAUGUCUUACAUCAUCAUCCUGGCCUGGGCCCUCUUCUACCUCUACUUCUCCUUCAGCUCUGAGCUGCCCUGGGCCAGCUGCUCCAACACCUGGAACUCAGAUCACUGUGUGGACUUCUCCAAUCAAAACCUCACUGCAAACUGGACCAACAACUCAUCUUCUGCAGCCAUCGAGUUUUGGGAGAGACGUGUGCUGCUGAUCUCGGGGGGCAUUGAGGAGGUGGGCAGCGUGAGGUGGGAGCUGCUCCUGUGCCUCAUCACUAUGUGGGUCAUCUGCUACUUCUGCAUCUGGAAGGGGGUGAAGUCUACAGGCAAGGCAGUUUAUUUCACAGCUACAUUCCCAUACCUGAUGCUUUUGGUGUUGUUGAUACGAGGGCUAACUCUACCUGGAGCUCUGCAGGGGGUGGAGUUCUACCUGUACCCUGACCCCUCCCGCCUGGCAGACCCACAGGUGUGGAUGGAGGCAGGAUCUCAGAUCUUCUUCUCCUACAGUGUUGGAGUGGGUACUCUGACUGUGCUGGGUAGCUACAACACCUAUAACAACAACUGCUACAAGGACAGUUUAUGGCUGUGUCUGCUGAACAGUGGGACCAGCCUGGUGGCAGGAUUUGUGGUCUUUUCUGUGCUGGGGUUCAUGGCACAUGAGCAGGGUGUCCCCAUCGCAGAAGUGGCAGAAUCAGGUCGUGACCCGUGUCGACUGUGCCCGGGGGGGAUGUAUGUGUUCCAGCUCUUCGAGUACUAUGCCUGUAAUGGGGCCUGUAUGUUCUUCCUGUGUGUGUUUGAAGUUCUGCCCAUGGGCUGGCUGUUUGUUGAGUUUCCCUUUAUACACAACACUACACUUGUUUGCCCUGGAGCAGGGGCGGAGCGGAUGGAUGUGAUCGAGGACAUGACCGGGGAACGGCCCAGCCUCAUCUUUAAGCUCUGCUGGCUCUACUUCACCCCACUGGUGACCCUGGGAUCCUUCAUCUUCUCUCUGGUGAAGUACCAGCCCCUGACCUUUAACCGCUGGUAUGUGUAUCCAGACUGGGCGUACGUGCUGGGCUGGCUGCUGGCCCUCUCCUCUGUUGUACUGGUGCCGGGGUGGAGUCUGGUCAAGCUCUCCAUCAGCACUGGCACUCUCAGACAGACAACUCGGAAGUCGAACUUCUACUAG